AUGAUCACAAAUUUUGAUGGGUGGACUUUUGAAAAUGAUUAUUAUUAUGAUACUCAAUUCAGAUGUGGAAAUUGCUAAGUUUUGAAAUUUAAGGAAAUUAAAUAUUCUACUCAAUUACCUCCCCAUCAAGAUAUACUAAUAAGGUUUUUUAAACGUAGCUCUACGACUAUUAUAAUAGACUAUUUAUAUGGUAAAUAAAUAUUCAGUUCUGCCAAUUAAUAAAUAGAAAUAUUAAUAAGAAAUUAUCACGAUAUUAUAUUAUAAUUGAUUAUUCAAAGCCAUCCUUUAGAAGAAUUCGGCCUUUUAAGAGAUUUUGAAAUAUUUUACACUGAGCCAGAAAAAAUGUUAAACAUUUUGAAUGAAGGUUGCUAAGAGUAAAUUGAUGAUAAAUGUCUAAUUUGCCAAGAAGGUUGGAAUUAAAAUGGAAUUUUUUAAAAUUGUCAUCCAGUUUGUGGUGAUGGAAUUAUAAAAGGUUAAGAAGAAUGUGAUGAUGGUAAUCUUAUAUUUAAUGAUUCUUGCUAUUUAUGCAGAUUUAAAUGCAUUGAAUUUUGUUAAAUUUGUUAAUUUGGAAUUUGUUUGUAAUGCUAAGAUGGAUUUGUUAUUAACAGCAACUUUACUUGCGAUCCAUUAUGUGGGGAUGGUAAUUUAAUUCCUUAUACAACUGAAUAAUGUGAAAUGGAAGUUAAUGGUGUAAGGGAUGGUUGUUAGGAUUGUAGAUUUAUAUAAAUUACAAACUGUAAAACUAACGACUAUUCAAUUUGUUUUGAGUGUUAAAUUGUAUACUAAAUGCUAGAAAGCAUAUGUUUCCCUAAUUGUGGAGAUAAAAUUGUUCUUGAAUAUUAUGAGGAUUGCGAUGAUGGUAAUUUACAACCUUAUGAUGGUUGUUUCCAAUGUAAGUAUUCUUGUCCAGAAAAUUGUUAAGAUUGCUAUUAAGGUACUUGUUUAGAGUGCGAUUAUCAAUACAAAUUAUUAGUUUAAAAUUAAUGUAAAUAAUAAUUAUAUUGUGGGGAUGGAUUACUUUAGGAAUAAGAAGAAUGUGAUGAUGGAAAUUAUUAAGCUGUGGAUGGGUGCAUAAAUUGUUUAGUUGAAUAAAAUUGGAUGUGUGUUACUAUAACACAAGAUUCCCCUAGCUAAUGCACAUUUCUCAAAGCUCCAAAUUUAAUAAUUAACUAUCUCAAUAUGACUUAAAAUAAAUAGUACAUCAACAUCUAAUUUAGUUAAAAAGUAAAAACACAAACAACAUAACUCUUAUCAGAAAACAUAAAUUUUUAAUUAUAAAAUAUAGACAAGAAUAAGUGGAAUAGUUUCUUAUACAUAAUAUAGGAUGUUGGAUAGAAUGUGAGUUUUGAAGAAUUUAUUGUCUAAAUAGAAGUAUAGUAAUUACUUGAGUUUAGGCCAAUCUUGAAAAUUUUAAUAAAUCAGACGGUUGUUAAUAUAGAUAAUGUUGUUUUGGAGGACGUCGAAAAAUCAAUAACAUUAAAAUAUCCACAAUUUCUUGAUGAAAUGCAGAAGGAGUAUUCCUACAAGUUGAAAAAUCUUAAUCAAAAUAUAAUUUAUAGUUUGUCUGGGAUUAUUGGUAUAAGUCUGCUGUUAGGUAGUGGAGAUUUGUUUGUUGAAGUU